AACCGUCCAUCUGUAAUCACAUGUGCUUCUGCAAGCAAUCGAAACUGUAACCUUUCUCAUUGUCCAGUUGUGCACAGUGGAAGUGGGGCUGCUAUGCCAACGAGCUACCGAAGGCCGUCUAGCACUACUGCUACCUGCGAUCCAGUGGUAGAAGAACACUUCCGCAGAAGCCUUGGCAAGAAUUACAAGGAGCCAGAGCCAGUGACAAACUCUGUAUCCAUCACAGGAUCAGUCGACGACCACUUUGCCAAAGCUCUCGGAGAUACCUGGCUUCAGAUCAAAGCUGCCAAGGAUGGUGUGUCCAAUAGUCCAGAGUCUGCUUCCAGGAGGGGCCAGUCCUCUUCUCCUCCUUCCUCCCACCUGGUCAAUCAUAAUCAUUCACCUUCGGUUGUCUCAUGAACACGGGACCACAAUGUCUUCAUCCAAACACGAGUCGGUAUUGUUUUGGCUGAGCUUGAACAGUACUCGAAACGAAAAGUGUUUGGGAGGGAUGAUAUAAAAGGAGAUAACAAUUCAAUACAUGUUUUGUGUGUGUGUUCGGGUCUUUUUUUAAAAAAAAAAAAUACACAUGCCCUUAAAAUUGAUAGCAGGAACUAUUUGAUUUUUUAAAAAAAAAAAAAUUUUUUUUUUAAAAUAAUGUAGCACUCUUUCUUUUCCUGCCUCGGUUACCAAAGAAACCUCUGAUGCAACUCUGCUGCCCCUACCCUUUUCUGAAAACGAAAUGUAGACGCAAGUAAAUGGGGGGUAGGGAAGAGAAAAAAAGCCAUUCUGUACAGUGGAUUGACCCAAAUGCUUGUAUGCUUUGAUUAGCUUCUUGAGGGUAGAAUUGUGUCUGGAUUUUGUCUCCAUUACUUUCUUCUCCCUUCGUGAAGUAAUUUUGUAUGUAUAUACUUGAAAAGAACUGUUGUGUAUGAUUUGCACUAUUGGAGGAGGUUAGGGUUGCAUAGCAACAUUUAGGCAGGAUGCUUCUAUUCUGAGGGCAAACUGCUCAGCAAAAAGCGCCUGGUGUUCUCUGCCUCUUGAAAACAAGAAGCAACAUUUGUUUCGGAAGGGGAAGUCUCAUACAGGUUACAGGUCUUCUUGGUGUAGAUUUUAGGUGCUUCGUGCUUGCAACUGGACUGCAUAAUCAACAGAUCAUGGGCAUUUUUUUUUCCACACGGCAGUUUGUUAGAAUAGAGCUGAGGUAAGAGGGUUCAAUAGUGCUUAAAAGAUGCAUGUUUUAUGGAAAAAUAGCUGGUAUCUAUUAAUGUAUAGACAGUAAGAAAUAUAUUAGCCUUCGUUGAAAACUAGGUGGGUUUUUUUUCCCAUUAACAGUCCUAGAUAAACUUACUGCUGGUACAGUUGUACUCUGAUUCUUGUAUUUGAUAUUCCUUUUCGUAGCAGCCAGCAACCUUGGACAGUCGCCUCUGGUCAGGCCUCAACUGAAGCAGUUUAUAUAUCAUUGAGUGCUAUGAGAUUCAGGAUGCUACCUAUGGCAUUGGUGACAAAAGACACAAUAUUCAUGUGGAGAAUCAACUGCUCAAUGCAAAUUUACUUAACUGAAAUAUAUUUAUCCAUGUACGCUCUAGUUGCAGAAAUCUAAUUUUUGAGGCUGCUUAUAAACCUAGGCCAAGGCACCAUACAUUCCUCUUUUUUUUAUAAAGUUGUUACUUGCAUUUAUUUCAUUUGCUGUAUUAAUACUCACUAACUAGGUAAUAGAGGCAGGCAUAAAGAACAGACUUCUUUUAUUAGUAAUGGGCUCAGCUGUUGUUUGCUUUUUUAAUGUCACAACUCACCCACAAUCCCUGCACAUUCCAGCAGUUACAACUAGUCCAUUUAAUAGUGGGUUACCUGAAAAGACAGGUGCUGUUGAAAGCAUAUAGGACAAGGCAAAACGUCUGAGGUGAGUUUGAUGUCCUUUGGGCUACCUUAUAGCCUUGAGGCCAGAAUUUAUAUUUUUGUAAAAAUGAAAACCACAGUUAGAAAAGAUCAGCAAAGGAUCUGUUUUGUCCUGUGUUCCACAGAGAGUGUAGCUGCCUACUUUUAAAAGCAAGAAAAAGACAAGAGAAGCUCCUCCUUCAUCGCCCCUUUCACACAUUUUACGGUCAUGUUAAUGGGUAGUUAAAUGCUCAGUCGUACCCGACCCCUGUGAGAAAAGUGCAGAAAAAAAAAACUUUUUUAUAUAGGUAACUUUAAGACCAUCAUUACGCUGUGCGUAAAGAAUGUACAGAGAAAUUUGUAGGUAUUUUUUUGAGGAACAAUUAAUUUGUUAAUGAUGUGUAGCUAUUUAAUUUUUCCCUUUCCUUUAUUGUAAUCAUUCUCUUUUGUUUUUGUCUGGAGAAAAAAGUUGAUCUUUUUUUUUUGUUGUAGACGUCUGUAAUACAGUAAAAGUGCAGGAACACAGUUAUUCUAUAAGAACACUGCAUUAGCAAUUAAUAGCCACUAGUGUGUUGUUGCUACAGGCUACUGAGCGGUCUAACAAGUACUAAUGACUGCAGAUGGACUUUGUGGAUACAGAACCCUUUUGACAUUUCUUUGAAGCACAAAACUACAAAGUUAAAUUUACUUAUCUGUGAUAAGUAAAUGGGGCGUAAAGUAAUCACUGCAGUCCUAACACACAACACUUGGGACAUACACUUGUGUUGAUUGCAGUGCAACGUUCUUUGAAGUAAAUGCACUGAGGAUUAUCUUCUCAGUGUGAUGUGUAGUGUAUACACAAAACCAUUUGGAAGAGAGGAAAAAAUAGUCCACAGAAAAUAGAAUUAUUGUUUAAAAGCCAAAAGGGUCGGGAGGGGGAAGAGAAGGAGAAAGGAUAUUAACCUCAUUCUUACAUGAAGUUUUUUUUCACAGAGCCACAGGAUCUACAGUCCAGAUUGAACAAUGUUCUCCAUGUUUGUAAAUCUGUAACAUAUCAUUCUUUUGUGGCCUUGUUUCACCUGGCAAUUUUUAAAAAAGGUUUGGCAGGCCAUCUUUUUUUUUGUACUUAAAAGUAGCCUUAAUGAACAAUAAAGUGCUCUUAAAUCUUA